AUGUCUGAGGACUCGGCAUCUUCGCCUUUCGCAUUCUACGCAUUCUAUCAACUGUAUGCACAUUUUCACAAUUCUGCAGACUCGAAACGCAGAAGUUUCGAAGCUAUCCACAAACAACUGUAUCCCAACUAUGUGGUGAAGAGUAGUAGGACCACUGAGAAAACAUCGCUGUUUAUAACCUGGAAGAAAAAGGGCGAGAAACACCAAGAUUACAAUCUCAGAGGUUGCAUCGGAACGUUUGCCAAACUCCCUUUACUACGGGGGAUUGAAAAGUAUUCGUUAAUCGCAGCACUGCAAGACCAUAGAUUUCCACCCAUAUCCCAGGCUGAACUACCCACUUUGAAGUGUAGCUGCAAUAUUUUGCACAGCUUCCAGACGAUUUUUAGCGGAAAGAAAGGUGAUAUUUUCGACUGGGAAGUGGGUGUUCACGGCAUUGAACUCACUUUUAAGGAGCCGACCACUGGCCAGGUUUUGAGUGCCACAUUCUUGCCCGAAGUAAUGCCUGAACAGGGGUGGGAUAAAAAGGAUACUUUCAGCAACCUCAUAGAGAAGGCAGGGUAUUGGAAAGAUGUGGAUUCGUUAAUGGAUCACUACGAAGACUAUUUCCUCGAGGUUGUACGUUACGAGGGUGACAAGAGCCAAAUAGAAUAUAAGGAAUUCAAACGGUUAAUGGAAUUGUAA